AUGGCAGAGUACAUCCCCCAGCCUCCCUCCACCUGGCCCGCGGGCCCACAGCCCCCCAACGCCUCCACCACCUGCCCGCUGGAGCCUGUGGACCUGGGGGUCUCGGAGCAGCGAACGCCACCGGAGCAGCCCCCAUCCUUCCCGGAGCUGGGCGAGGAUGAAGAAGCCACCUCCCCGCCAGAUCCUGACGUCCCCUACCCUGACUUGGCCCCGGUUGUCUUCUUCUGCUUGAAGCAGACCACCAGCCCUCGGAACUGGUGCAUCAAAAUGGUGUGCAACCCCUGGUUUGAAUGUGUCAGCAUGAUGGUGAUUUUGCUAAACUGUGUUACCCUGGGGAUGUACCAGCCAUGUGAGGAUAUGGACUGCCUGUCUGACAGGUGUAAAAUCUUGCAGGUAUUUGAUGAUUUCAUCUUUAUCUUCUUUGCAAUGGAAAUGGUUUUAAAGAUGGUGGCCCUGGGGAUCUUUGGCAAGAAGUGUUACCUCGGGGAUACCUGGAACCGCCUGGACUUCUUCAUUGUUAUGGCUGGGAUGGUGGAGUACUCCCUGGAUCUCCAAAACAUUAACUUGUCUGCAAUCCGUACUGUCCGCGUCCUGAGACCCCUGAAAGCUAUCAACCGUGUGCCUAGCAUGCGCAUCCUUGUGAAUUUGCUCCUGGACACCUUGCCCAUGCUGGGGAACGUCCUCCUCCUCUGCUUCUUUGUCUUCUUCAUCUUCGGCAUCAUCGGGGUGCAGCUGUGGGCUGGGCUGCUCCGCAACCGCUGCUUCAUGGAGGAGAACUUCACAAUACAAGGUGACAUUGUCCUCCCACCUUAUUACCAGCCUGAGGAAGAUGAUGAAAUGCCCUUUAUCUGCUCGCUGUCAGGAGACAAUGGAAUCAUGGGCUGUCACGAGAUCCCGCCCCUGAAGGAGCGGGGCCAUGAGUGUUGUUUGGACAAGGACGAUUAUUAUUAUUACAACUCAGUCCGGCAAGAGUUCAACAUCAGUGGCAUGUGUGUCAACUGGAACCAGUACUACAACGUGUGCCGUACAGGAAACGCCAACCCGCACAAGGGUGCUAUCAACUUUGACAAUAUUGGGUAUGCCUGGAUUGUGAUAUUUCAGGUGAUCACACUGGAAGGGUGGGUGGAGAUCAUGUACUACGUGAUGGAUGCCCAUUCAUUCUAUAAUUUUAUCUACUUUAUCUUGCUGAUAAUUGUGGGCUCCUUCUUCAUGAUUAACCUGUGCCUGGUGGUCAUCGCCACGCAGUUCUCAGAGACCAAGCAGCGGGAGCACCAGCUGAUGCAGGAGCAGCGGGCCCGGUACCUCUCCUCCAGUACUGUCGCCAGCUACAUGGAGCCGGGAGACUGCUACGAGGAGAUCUUCCAAUAUGUCUGCCACAUCGUGCGCAAAGCCAAACGCCGCACCCUUGGGCUGUACAACAGCAUACAGAGCCGGCGCCAGGGCCACGUGGAGCCAAGCGAUGCCAAGCUAGGGAUGAACAGGAAAAGCCAGAGGCACUACAGGCUUUGCCAACAGCACAACUCUCUUGACUGCCCUCCUCAGGGCUUGGUCCAGCCCAUUGCUGUGACAGCAACCUCUGAUCCCACCAACUGUCCCCGAUGCCACAGGGGGGAACAUGACACAUCCCGAAGACUCUCUGUCCUGGGCAGCGCUGAUUCAGACCAGGAGGACGGAGGAGCCAGUGAAGAGGAGGGAGAGGGCAGCGGAGGGGACCAGGGUGCCUCAGCACCGGAGAAGGAGGAGGAGGAGGUGGAAGAAGGUGGACGGCUGAAGCUCUGCAGUGACAUGUGGCAGGAAGUGAGGGUCAAGCUUCGAGGUAUUGUGGACAGCAAGUACUUCAACCGUGGGAUCAUGAUCGCAAUCCUCGUGAACACCAUCAGCAUGGGCAUUGAGCACCACGAGCAGCCAGAGGAACUGACCAACAUCUUGGAGAUAAGCAACGUUGUCUUUACAAGCAUGUUUGCCCUAGAGAUGAUCCUGAAACUCGCUGCUUUUGGUCUCUUUGAUUACCUCCGCAACCCCUACAACAUCUUUGACAGCAUCAUCGUCAUCAUCAGCAUCUGGGAGAUCAUCGGCCAGUCGGACGGAGGCCUCUCUGUGCUGAGGACUUUCCGCCUCCUGCGGGUGCUGAAGCUGGUGCGUUUCAUGCCCGCACUGCGCCGCCAGCUCGUGGUGCUGAUGAAGACUAUGGACAAUGUGGCCACCUUCUGCAUGCUCCUUAUGCUCUUCAUCUUCAUCUUCAGCAUCCUGGGAAUGCACAUCUUUGGUUGCAAGUUCAGCCUCAGGACGGACACAGGAGAUACAGUUCCUGACCGGAAGAAUUUCGACUCCCUGCUGUGGGCCAUCGUCACCGUCUUCCAGAUCCUAACCCAAGAGGACUGGAAUGUUGUGCUCUAUAAUGGCAUGGCCUCCACCUCACCAUGGGCAUCCCUUUACUUUGUGGCUCUCAUGACAUUUGGCAAUUAUGUGCUCUUCAAUCUGCUGGUGGCCAUCCUUGUGGAGGGAUUCCAGGCUGAGGGUGAUGCCAACCGGUCAUACUCGGAGGAAGAUCAGAGUUCAUCAAACAUAGAGGAGUUGGAUCAGUUCCAAGAGGUCCAGGAAGGCUCAGAUCCCAAGCUGUGUGCAAUUCCUGUGACACCAAAUGGACACUUGGACCCGUCCUUGCCCUCCUCCAACCCACCAGUGGCUGCUGGGGGGGUCACCAACUCCUCGCGCAACUCCCUGCAGCCUGACCAGAUCCGUGUUGCUGUUGGCUCCCGGAAGAGCAGCGUGAUGUCCCUGGGGAGAAUGACCUAUGACCAGCGGUCCUUGUCCAGCUCUCGCAGUUCCCACUACGGGGCCUGGGGCCGCAGCGGGGCCUGGGGGAGCCGUCGCUCCAGCUGGAACAGCCUGGCCCGAGGACACAGCCUGAAGCACAAACCUCCCUCUGCCGAGCACGAGUCCCUCCUGUCUGGGGAGAGGCACAGGGCAGGAGAUGGGGAGCCAGAUGGGGCAGGGAGGGUAUUUCAUCACCGCCGGACGCUCUCCCUGGACAACAAAGGCUCCUGUGACCUGCUGGAGUUGGCCUCUGUCCCAUCCAGCCACAGAGGGACCCGUAAGCUCGGGACAAUGUCAGGGGCCAGCGAGCAUCAGGACUGCAAUGGCAAAAUGCCCAGUAUUGCCAAGGAGAUCUUCCCAAAGAUGAACAACCGCAAGGAGCGGGGGGAGGAUGAUGAAGAGAUCGAUUAUAGCCUGUGCUUUCGCAUCCGGAAGAUGAUGGAAGUCUAUAAGCCAGACUGGUGUGAGCUCCGGGAAGACUGGUCCAUAUAUCUCUUUUCUCCUCAAAACAGGUUUCGUCUACUCUGCCAAACCAUCAUUGCUCACAAGCUCUUUGACUAUGUUGUGCUGGCCUUCAUCUUCCUGAACUGCAUCACCAUUGCCCUGGAGAGACCACAGAUUGAACACAGAAGCACGGAGAGAAUCUUUCUUACUGUGUCCAACUACAUUUUCACAGCAAUUUUCGUAGCUGAGAUGACGCUGAAGGUGGUUUCUCUAGGCCUGUAUUUUGGCGAUCAGGCUUAUCUCCGCAGCAGCUGGAACAUCCUGGAUGGCUUCUUGGUCUUUGUGUCUCUCAUCGACAUUGUGGUCUCGGUGGCUUCUGCUGGUGGUGCCAAAAUCCUGGGGGUGCUGCGGGUCCUCCGGCUGCUGCGCACCUUACGGCCCCUCCGAGUUAUCAGCCGAGCCCCUGGCCUGAAGCUGGUGGUGGAGACACUCAUUUCUUCCCUCAAGCCCAUAGGAAACAUUGUCCUCAUCUGCUGUGCUUUCUUCAUCAUCUUCGGGAUCCUGGGUGUGCAGCUCUUCAAAGGCAAGUUCUACCACUGCCUGGGGGUCGACAUCAGGAACAUCACCAACCGAUCCGACUGCGUGGCUGCCAACUACAAGUGGGUGCACCACAAGUACAACUUUGAUAACCUGGGACAGGCCCUGAUGUCUCUCUUUGUUCUGGCUUCCAAGGAUGGCUGGGUCAAUAUUAUGUAUAAUGGACUAGAUGCUGUGGCUGUAGACCAGCAGCCGGUCACCAACAACAACCCGUGGAUGCUCCUCUACUUCAUCUCCUUCCUCCUCAUCGUCAGCUUCUUCGUGCUCAACAUGUUUGUGGGGGUGGUGGUGGAGAACUUCCACAAGUGCCGGCAGCACCAGGAGGCUGAGGAGGCACGCCGGCGGGAAGAGAAGCGCCUGCGGCGCCUGGAGAAGAAGAGAAGGAGUAAGGCACAGCCUAAGUGUUUGGUCGAAGCGCAGCGUUUGCCGUACUAUGCUACCUACUGCCCCAUACGCCUCCUUAUCCAUUCGGUCUGCACCAGCCACUAUCUGGACAUCUUCAUCACUUUCAUCAUCUGCCUCAACGUGGUCACCAUGUCCUUGGAGCACUACAACCAACCUGUGUCCCUGGAGACAGCUCUUAAGUACUGCAACUACCUGUUCACUACUGUCUUUGUGUUGGAGGCAGUUCUCAAGCUGGUGGCAUUUGGUCUGCGGCGAUUCUUCAAAGACAGGUGGAACCAGCUAGAUCUAGCCAUUGUGUUGCUGUCUGUCAUGGGCAUCACACUGGAAGAGAUUGAAAUCAAUGCUGCUCUCCCAAUUAACCCCACUAUCAUCCGGAUCAUGAGGGUGCUGCGCAUUGCCCGGGUCCUGAAGCUACUGAAGAUGGCCACAGGAAUGCGAGCACUCCUGGACACAGUUGUUCAAGCCCUGCCACAGGUGGGGAACCUUGGACUGCUUUUCAUGCUCCUCUUUUUCAUCUACGCUGCUCUAGGAGUGGAGCUCUUUGGAAAACUAGUAUGCAAUGACGAGAACCCCUGUGAGGGCAUGAGCCGUCACGCCACCUUUGAGAACUUCGGGAUGGCCUUCCUCACGCUGUUCCAGGUGUCCACAGGUGACAAUUGGAACGGGAUCAUGAAGGAUACCUUACGUGACUGCAGCCAUGAUGACCGGAGCUGCCUCAGCAACCUGCAGUUCAUCUCCCCACUGUACUUUGUCAGCUUUGUGCUCACAGCCCAGUUUGUCCUCAUCAAUGUGGUGGUAGCCGUGCUCAUGAAACAUCUGGAUGACAGCAACAAGGAAGCCCAGGAGGAUGCGGAGAUGGAUGCUGAGAUUGAGCUGGAAUUUGCACAUGGGCUGUGCUCCCGCAAGUCAGGCUCUCCGAAUUCAGGGCAGGGAAAAGGAGCAGGAGCAGGAACAGGAGGCAGUGGUGGGAGAACAGAUCCUGAAGGACGUCUGUGCAUGAGAUGCUACUCUCCGGCACAGGAGAACUUAUGGCUGGACAGUGUCUCUUUAAUUAUUAAGGACUCCUUCGACGGGGAGUUAAUGAUCAUCGAUAACCUAUCGGGCUCCGUCUUCCAUCAUUACUCCUCGCCGGCCAUGUGCGAGAAGUGUAACCAUGACAAGCAAGAGGUCCAGCUGGCCGAAAUGGAAGCAUUAUCUCUCAACUCAGACAAGUCCUCUUCCAUCCUUCUAGGAGAUGAGUCAGAUAAUCGCAGCACUUCUCAGCUGAGUCCUAAGGAGACCAAGGAUGGCAAGGACAGCCCUGACUCCACUGGGGUAGGAGAUUUAGGGGAAUGCCUCCUCCCAAUAUCCAGCGCGGAUGGCUCUACAAACCCAGACAGUUACUUGUGUGAAAUGGAGAAAACUCCUUUCAACUCAGUCCAGUCUUGGCUAAAGCAUGAAGGUACCAAAGUCCCUCCCAGCCCCUUUUCUCCAGGUACAUCUUGCCCUCUGUUACCUGUACCAGCAGAAUUUUUCCACCCAGCCAUCUCUACCACCCAGACAGGGCCUGAGAAGGUCACGUCUCCACGCAACCUUCCUAAGAUCUCUCUGCAAGGCUCAUGGGCAUCACUGAGAUCUCCGAGUGUGAACUGUUCACUUCUUCACCAGGCCCCUGAGAGUGACACCUCGCUGGACAGCCGGAGCAGCAGCUCAGCGGGCAGCCUGCAGACCACACUGGAGGACAGCCUCAACCUCAGCGACUCUCCCCAGUGCACCCUAGACCUCCCGGUGGGCCUGUGCCCCGUACCAGCCGCCGGCGACCAAAGACCCCUGGCGGCCCCCCUCUCCCCGGCCUCCCGUCGCCGCAGCUUGCGGGGCCGGGGGCUCUUCAGCCUGCGGAGCAUCCGCCGGCACCAGCGGAGCCACAGCAGCGGUGGGAGCACCAGCCCCGGCUGCACCCACCACGACUCCAUGGACCCCUCGGACGAGGAGGGGGCAGGCAGCAGCCUGCGGGGGGGCGGCAACAACAGCGAGCCCUCGGAGACCCUCAGCAGCCUCUCGCUCACCUCCCUCUUCUCGCCCCCGCCGCCGGGGCUGACGCUGGGGAAGAAGUGCAGCAGCACCAGCAGCCUCCACGCCAGCCCCUUGCCCCGCCGCCCUGCUGCCCACCACGCCAAGCCCUUCUACACUGUCGACCCCCGGGGCUUCCUCUCCAUGCCCUCGUGGGUGACGGACUUCUGCAAGGACACCCCCUCGCCCGGGCAAGGAGAGGAACCGGACGGCCCUGGCAGAUUGGGGACAGGGGAGCGCGGCUCCCCGCUGCCGUCCGAGCUGGAGCUGGGUGACGGGGUCAGCAAGAGGAACAGAUGA